UGGUGAUCCUAUAAUCGUUCUUUUCUGUUAUGUUUCAGAUAUGCUUGGACAUUGCGGAAGAAAACACCUAAAAUAAACUAUUACAGGAAGACAUAUCUGAAGGCAACAACAACAAAAAAAACAGAAAUUAAGAUAAGAAGACAAUGCAGGGAGACUAGGGAAGGAAGGAAGGAGGUUUUCUUGUUUAUUUUGUUUUAAAAACCUUCCUUCCAUAUCUCUCUGCAUUAACGCCUAAGGAUCUUGUUCCUCCUUUCUCGUUUUGGACAAGAGUUCAUUGAUUGUAUAAUGGGAAACUGCUGUGGAACGGGAGGAACGUUGAUUGGAAAUGAUAAGAACAAGAGAGGUUUUAAAAUUGCAAACCCUUUCUCAAUCGAUUACGGUCACCGACACGAUGGAAAUGAGCUUGUUGUCCUUAAGGAACCAACGGGUCGUGAUAUCAAGCUGAGAUACAAGUUAGGUCGGGAGCUAGGUCGAGGUGAGUUUGGUGUCACGUAUCUAUGCACAGACAACGAGACGGGAGAGGCUUUUGCAUGCAAAUCCAUCUUAAAGAAGAAGCUGAGAGCGGCGGUGGAUAUAGAGGACGUUAGGAGAGAAGCUGAGAUCAUGACGGUUAUGCCUGAGCAUCCAAACAUCGUCACGUUGAAAGAGACUUAUGAGGAUGAUAAGGCUGUGCAUUUGGUUAUGGAGCUUUGUGGUGGCGGUGAGCUUUUUGAUAGGAUCGUGGCUAGAGGGCAUUACACGGAGAGAGCUGCAGCUUCGGUUAUUAAGACGAUCAUGGAAGUUGUUCAGAUGUGCCAUAAGCAUGGAGUAAUGCAUAGAGACCUAAAGCCUGAGAACUUCUUGUUUGCAAACAAAAAGGAAACUGCACCUUUGAAAGCAAUUGAUUUUGGUCUCUCUAUUUUCUUUAAACCAGGAGAGAAGUUUAACGAGAUCGUUGGGAGUCCUUACUACAUGGCUCCUGAGGUACUAAAGCAGAGUUAUGGACCAGAGAUUGAUAUUUGGAGCGCUGGUGUAAUCCUUUACAUAUUGCUAUGUGGUGUACCACCUUUUUGGGCAGAAACUGAUCAUGGAGUCGCAAAAGCAAUUCUUAAAUCUGUGAUUGACUUCAGAAGAGAUCCCUUGCCUAAAGUUUCUUCAAAUGCAAAAGAUCUUAUCAAGAGGAUGCUUCAUCCUGACCCAAAGCGUCGUCUUACAGCUCAACAAGUGCUUGAUCAUCCAUGGAUACAAGACGGUAAGAAUGCUCCAAAUGUAUCAUUGGGUGAAAGUGUAAGAGCAAGGCUAAAGCAAUUCACAGUUAUGAACAAGCUCAAGAAAAGGGCACUCAGGGUUAUUGCUGAGCAUCUAUCGGUUGAAGAAGCAUCAGGAAUUAUUGAAAAAUUCCAAGCAAUGGACACUAGCAAUAGAGGAAAGAUUACCAUCCAAGAGCUAAGACUCGGUUUGCGAAAACUUGGUAUUGUUGUUCCUCAAGAUGACAUUCAAAUCUUGAUGGACGCGGGAGAUGUUGAUAGAGACGGAUAUAUAGACGUUAAUGAGUUCGUAGCCAUAACUGUACACAUCAGGAAGAUGGGCAAUGACGAGCACUUAAAGAAAGCUUUUAAGUUCUUUGAUCUAGAUAAGAGUGGUUACAUUGAAAUAGAUGAGUUGCGAGAUGCUUUGGCAGAUGAGUUUGAUACAACUAGUGAAGAAGUUGUCGAAGCCAUUAUAUAUGAUGUUGAUACCAACAAGGACGGAAGGAUAAGCUAUGAAGAGUUUGCAACGAUGAUGAAAACGGGAACGGAUUGGAGAAAAGCUUCGAGGCAGUACUCCAGGGAUCGGUUCAAGAAUCUUAGUCACAAACUGAAGCAAGAUGGGUCUUUGCAGUCUCAUGGAGAUACAAAUAGAACUUGAAAUCCCAAGCCAGGGAUACUUAUUCUCACUCUCAGAAGAUUGAGUUGAAUCUGAUUCCAGAAAUAUUUCCUCUUUCUUUUGGUUUCUUGUUUCUUCACUUUCUCACAACUUUUUAAUUUUGAGUCAUUUGACAGGUAUAAAAGGCUUAUAUUGUUGUAAGACGGAUG